AUGAAACUUACUACUCUUCUUUUCCUUUCUGCGUCACUCGCCAGUCUUGCCGGCCGAGCCGGCCAGACUCUGACAAAUCCUGACAACGAUCCUGACUACGAGGAUCCCACGAGCGGAGACAAGACACCCAAGUCGCGAGUCUUGUCCGGCGUGGGCCCCCAAGCAGCUGAUGACCGUUGGUUCGACUGGGACGAGAGCUGUUCUGACAAGGACCAGCGCGCAAAGAUAGUGACAGCGUUUGAACAAAUGACCCAGCUGAGCGACUGGACGUCCCAACACCUCGACCAGCUCAAAGCCGGUCUUCCAAACGCGGUUGGUACCUCGGUAAAUGUGGCAAACCGCAAGUACAUCUUUGAGAAGGAUCCCGCAUUUGCACAAAUGUUCCUCGGACAGGACAACCGCAUUCAGUAUAUCAAAGAAACCUUUGACCUGGUGACAACAAAUGCCAAAAAGUCACCGGGCGAGCGUGGCGGCAAUAAACCAGGUGCUCUGCGAUUCAUCUGCAGCGCCAAAAACGAGGUUAAGGAUAUUGAUGGUCAGCCCUACUGCGGAACGGGCGAUGGCGUCGCCCAGUCAAUCGCCACGCCGCCAUAUGACCCUAACUACAGGCCAACAAUCGAGCCCAAGUACAGCUUCGAGAAGUCGUCCAGUGUCACCUUCUGUCCGGCUUUUUUCAACAACUUGGAGUUCCCCACCAUUGACGCCGUCGUCGGAUCUGGCGAGCACACUCUGGACAAGGUUGACUGUGCCGAGCGCAUCUUGUUGCACGAGUACAUGCACUUGCCGUGGAUUCGCAAUAUGCCCGGCCACACGGCCAGGUCGCCAGACCACAUUGGCUACUUAAAGGUCGCCGACUACGCCCGCGCCGCGGGCUGGGGACCUAUCAAAGUCAACCCAGACAACUAUACCUGGCUUGCUCUAUAUGCCUAUUUCAACAACAACAAUCAGGGAUGCGGGAGCGAUGUCUGGCCUCCUGGGGAAGCCAAGCCGAACAAGCUGUAG